ACCACAAAGACAGACAAAUUGUACGUACGUCCGUACGUAUUCUAAACCCCAAAAAACACGAAAAAGACAAAGGGGGUUCCAAACGCAGCCCUAGUAGACGUUGGCUUGGUACUCUGGUUUCCCUCGCGAGGUCGAGCCCAGGUGCGAGCAAGUGAGGAGCAAUAUUCUCCUCCAAGAAACCAUCGCUCCGAUAUUAAUUUAUCGAAUUUUAAUCAAUCAUCUCGAAGGGCUGGGAAGAAGAAUUUGUGUUGAUAAAACUGAAUAAGGAUGGUUGGGGAGUCGGAACAACCCUCUGAUUGUUCCCUGUUAUCACAAGAAUCAAUGGGGGUCUCGCAUUCACCCGAUAACUUAAACUUCCCGGAAAGGGCUUUUUCGGCUGCUGGUGCUGCUUUUCUUUCCGCCAUUAUUGUUAAUCCGCUCGAUGUAGUUAAGACGAGAUUGCAAGCACAGGCUGCGGGAGUUCCUUACUCCCAUCCACUCAGUAAUGUUACUAGUCGUAUGGCGGUUUUCGGCCCCAACAUGAUGUUCACUGAUCUGAGAUGUUCGCCAUCAUGUGCUCGUGCUGGUGUCCAUGGUACUGUGUCAAUUUGCCCUCCUGAAUGUUUUGAGUACAAAGGAACGCUGGACGUCUUCUAUAAAAUUAUUCGUCAGGAGGGUGUAGCAAGGUUAUGGAGAGGCACAAAUGCAAGUCUGGCGUUGGCUGUUCCAACAGUUGGGAUCUACUUGCCAUGCUAUGAUAUCUUCCGCAACUACUUGGAAGAUUUUACAUCUAAGAACGCUCCAAGCAUAACGCCUUACGCCCCUUUGUUGGCAGGUUCUCUAGCCCGCUCAUUAGCAUGCAUAAGCUGCUAUCCCAUUGAGCUUGCUAGAACCCGUAUGCAGGCAUUCAAAGAAACUCACCACGGAAAGAAGCCUCCCGGGGUGUUGAAGACAUUGUUUGAGGUUAUUUCCCAAGUCAAGAGCUCAAAUAGACUUCAAAGCAGCUCGCAAAGUUAUCGUGCACUCUGGACAGGACUCGGGGCUCAGCUUGCGCGUGAUGUACCUUUCUCUGCAAUCUGUUGGGGAACCCUUGAACCAACUAGACGAACACUUUUAGGUAUGGUGGGUGAGGAAUCAAACGUGGUUAGUGUUCUUGGGGCAAAUUUCUCUGCAGGUUUUGUUGCGGGAACUCUUGCUGCAGCAGCUACAUGUCCACUGGAUGUUGCAAAGACCAGAAGACAAAUAGAGAAAGAUCCUGCUAGAGCAUUGAGAAUGACAACAAGACAAACGCUUGUGGAAAUCUGGAGGGAUGGAGGAAUGAAGGGCCUUUUCACUGGAGUCGGCCCUCGUGUUGGCCGUGCAGGUCCAUCUGUUGGAAUUGUGGUAUCAUUUUAUGAAGGUGUAAAGUACAUUCUACAUCAUCAUUAUGCAACUCGAUGAUAAAAGGUGGAAGAGUGAUUUUGGUCCGAUUUAAAAAGGAUUAUGGAUAUAAAUAUACGAAGCACUUUCGACAGAAUAGGAUAGAAAUUUUUUGCUGAAAUAUCAAAAUGUAGAGGUCUCUUAUUUUUCAGAAUUUACUUAAUUUGAAUCAUGUUUUGAA